GGAGAAAUGAAGCUGUCAAGAAAUAGUAUUGCUUAGUUUCUUCCCCUCUAAGCCCCGCAGUUUUUCUUUUGCAUGAAGAUGAAGAUGUUGGUGCUGCUGGCGACGAUGUCUUCGGCCGUUUUCAGCCCCGGCUUUGCCCUCAGCUCCCAUUUCAGCUCAGAUGGCGCUCCGCUGAGUGACUUGUCUUGGUCGUCGUCCCUGGCUGUGGUGGCCAUCUCCUUCUCGGGUCUGUUCACCUUCGUCUUCCUCAUGCUGGCCUGCCUCUGCUGCAAGAAGGGCAAAAUCGGCUUCAAGGAAUUCAAGAAUGUGGACGGGGAGGAGUACCAUGCAGAUAUGUCCACCUUGGCCUCGCCAGCGUCCCAGGGCAGCCCGGACGUCUACAUCCUGCCACUCACUGAGGUGUCCCUGCCGGUAGCAAAGCAACCUGCUCGAUCAGUCCAACUCGUGAAAUCCAUAGAUCUCAGCCGCCACAGUCUUCUCUACCUGAAAGAGAUCGGCAAUGGCUGGUUUGGGAAGGUUCUGCUGGGGGAGGUGAACACAGGCCUAAAUACCACCCAAGUUGUGGUUAAGGAACUCAAAACCAGCGCCAGUGUGCAGGACCAGAUGCACUUCCUAGAGGAAGCACAGCCUUACCGUGCCCUCCAGCACCAUGCUGUGAUGCAAUGUUUGGCUCAGUGCACUGAGGUCACUCCGUACCUGCUGGUGAUGGAGUUUUGCCCACUGGGGGAUGUCAAAGGUUACCUCCGAAGCUGCAGGACUGCAGAAACCAUGACCCCAGAGCCGUUGAUUCUUCAACGGAUGGCCUGUGACAUCGCCUCAGGACUCUUGCACAUGCACAAACACAACUUUACACACAGCGACUUGGCCUUGAGGAACUGCUUGUUGACUGCUAAUGUCUCAGUGAAGAUUGGGGAUUAUGGUCUGUCCCACACCAAGUACAAGGAUGAUUACUACGUGACAUCGGAUCAGAUGUACGUGCCGCUGCGUUGGAUCGCUCCAGAGCUGGUGGAUGAGGUGCAUGGAAACCUGCUGGUGGCUGACCAGACCCAACAGAGCAACAUGUGGUCUCUGGGUGUGACUAUCUGGGAGCUGUUUGAGCUGGGCAACCAGCCUUACAGACACUACUCUGACAGACAAGUACUGACCUACGCUGUGAGGGAACAGCAGCUGCGACUGCCCAAACCGCUGCUCAAUGUGCCCCUGGCUGAGCGCUGGUAUGAGGUGAUGCAGUUCUGCUGGCUCCAGCCUGAUCAAAGACCCAAUGCAGAGGAAGUGCACUUGCUGCUUAGUUACCUGUGUGCCAAGGGGGCCAGCGAGGUUGAAGAGGACUUUGAGAGGCGAUGGAACUCCUUGCGUCCUAAUACUGGAUUCAACAGCCAUUUUGGUCCCCCUGCAAUGUCGCGAGACAACCCCUCAUCAACCUCCUCCUCAUUCCCUCUUCUUGAGCAAUUUUCAGCUGGUGAUGGCUACCAUUCAGAGUCUGGGGAUGAUAUACUGACAGUCACUGAGACCAGCCAUGGCCUGAACUUUGAGUACAAGUGGGAGCAAGCCAGGGCAGACCAGUCAUAUAGAGCCUCGGACUCCUCUAGUACCCUGGGUCAAGUCAACCAUCAUUGUCAGGAAGCAUUUUACCCACCUGGGGGUAUCGUGGGAGGGUGCCCCAUGGAGAGUCUGAGCCAUGGAGUUUCUCCAUCUUACUACCAACCAAAACAUCUACAUGCUCCCGGCAUACUUCCUGUCCUCAGUGCCCAUAGCCCUUCAGUAAGCAGUGAAUUCUACAUCCGCAUUGAAGAGCCAGUGGACUGUAACAUUGAUCCAGACUAUACCAUGUGCUCCUACAGCCCAGACUACCAGGGCAGCAGUGGGAGCUUUCUGACUGGGAGUGCUGACUCAGGUGAGUGCAUGGCCUGUCCGUCACAGGCUAAAAACAUGGGUCCCUAUUGGUCAGCAGACAUCCAUAAGUCAGAUAUGUAUGACUCGAAUGACUCAAGUCCUGCUAUCUCCCUGACAAUGGAGCCCCUUUUAGGGCAAGUGUUGGACAGCAGCCCACUACGACCUUGGGAGUCUAGUCACUAUGUGUCCUAUAAAGACAGAGAUGGGGGUUACUACUAUGAGCACUCGCCCCCUUUGGGAAUAGAUCACUAUUUGAUUGGAGGUGAGUCCUCCAGUGAGCAUCAUCGGGAAAGCUGGGGGUCAAGGAGCCUGCGUCAGGCCUUGGGUGAGUUGGAGAACCCUCUAGGUAUAUCUCCCUCUGUAACUAGUCCGCCUCAACAGGCCUACAGAGAUUCAUACUUGGAUGCAAGUCAGACUUCCAUCCUAGGAAAAAACGUGACAGGGGGCUACUAUGACAUGAUGGGCUCCCUGAGGAAGACGAUGCCCAGUCACACCAGGCACAACAACCACUCUGUCACUAUUAACAUGGAGACAGAGAGGGCACUUUUCAUCGGGCACAGAGACAGUGAUUCAGAGGAGGAAGAAGAGGACAUAUUUGUUGAGAGACACACCUGCAACACCUGGCCUUCAAAACACCGCCAUAGCAGUGUGGGUCACCACAGACGGGCCAGCCACAGCUGCCGACAGGAUGCUUAUGUAGAUUUCCACUACACAAUGCCAAGUACAGACAUUGAAGACUCCUGGCCAGAGGAGCAUAGCCUGGCCUUCCACUCUCUACCCAAACCCAUUGACUAUCUUGAGCCCCACCAGGCCAAAGAUAACAGUGCCUGCCUUAAUCUGAGUAAACAUCACGCAGUGGUGCCCUCAGACAACUGUAAUGCCUACAUCUACAUGUGCCAUGAGGGCGAGACUCAGGUGCCGGCAUCUGGAGAGUGCUGCCACUCGCACUUUGUUGACCCGCUCACAGGCUUGCUAGUCAGAAACAACAGCUAUAGUCACAGCUACAGUCACAGCAACUACAUCAGUGAUAAGGGCAAUGAUAUCCCAAGCAAUGAGGAAAUGAUUAAUCUAUCACCUGCUCCAGGGGGUCCUAUUGUGGUCAAACCUGCCUUGAUAAAGACUGAGGACAGUAGAGAGCAGUAUGUUGACCUUACAUUUGAUGAUGCACUAUUCAAAGAGAAGAGGGAGGAUGUAAUCAAAGAAAAUCCAAUCAUGCAAAAACCGACAGAGCCUAAAAUAGAAGAGGUGACCCUGGUGACAAUGACUAAAACAACUCCGCCUCCUGCUGACAACAUGCAUGUGAUGGUGGGCCUCACAGAUCCGCCGUCAGAGUUAAGUCACACUGGCGAUAGCGGCGUUGACCGAGGAGGCUCCAGUGUGAGCCUUGCUGACAUCCUCGACUGCAGUGAUGAUGACGAGGACGAGGACAUCACAGAUGACAUCACUGACGUUACCUCAGGCAUCUUCGCUGACGAGUCUGGUGAGCUGAAUGCUUCUCCUGCCUUCAAGUCACUACAGAAGCAGGUAGGAACUCCUGAUUCCAUGGAUUCCAUGGAUCUGCCAUCUGCAGCUGGGUCUUGUGAAGGCUUCAGCCCUGCGUCCUCCCACCCUUCCAGCUCACCUAAAGCUAUGGACAGUGGCUAUGACACAGAAAAUAAUGAGAGCCCUGAGUUCGUACCCAAAGAGCCUCAUGAGGCCCGUGAACAACCUCUGGCAAAGCCUACCCUUGAUACGAGCCUGGAGGAGGACAAGGUGCUGGAGGAGCAUGUAGUUGAGGCUAAAGAAGUGCAUACAGAGGGUGAACCAACAUUGGGUGAAGAUCUGGUCUUAGGAGCUUCACAUACAGGUGACCACAUCCUUUUACCACUGAGUGAUAAGACCCCAUACAGAGACUCUGCCUACUUUUCAGAUUAUGAGAAUGAAAGGCAGUCUAGGGAUGAAGGGGAAGAACUGUCAGAGUUAGUAAGAGGUGAAGAAAAUGUUGAAAAGGAAGAGGACAUGGAAGAAAAGAAGGGUGAGAAAAGGAAGACUGAAGAGGAAGAAGAACUAAAGAACACUGUAGCAAGCAAAGGCAUAAAACUUGAUAUGAAACACAUAUUAGCAAGAGGAACAGACUCCUCUACUCCACCAGAGAUGGAGGCAUGCUUGACAGACGAGUGUGGCCAGGAUGAGGAAUUUGGAUUACCUCUGGAGCCCUGUGACACUGCCUCUAUAGCAGAGGGUGGGCUGGACGAGUGGCCAUCACAGGAAGAGAGCUCAUCCCUAGGAGACUGGGCAGCAGAGGUGGUGGGGGCCAUGGAAGAAGCCCUUGGUGCACUGAAUGGAGAUUGUACCUCCAAUGUUAAGGUAGAGGAGGAGGAAGCAGAAGACAUGAAAAACUCUGUUCAAGAUGUAGAUACAACAGAAGAGCCAGCUAUCAAGACAAUUCAACACAGGCCAUCAGGCAUAUCUGGUGAAAUCCCGCACACUUUACCCAAAGACGAGGUGGCCUUGCAGCACACUGCAAACACCAGACGGUUUUCCUCUUCCUCUCCUCCACCUCCAUCCACCCCUCCCCCUCUGCUCCCUGCGACAGAGGGCCGAGGGUCUUCGGCUGAUGGGGAAGAGGCCGAUGAGGAGGACGGUGACACUGAUGACAGCGACGAGUCGGAUGAGGAGCUGCGAAUCUACAGUGUGCAGGAACAGAGUGGAGGGGAGGAAAGCGAAGACGAGUGCCACAUUGUGCCCAUUGUGGUGAGCGACAACAGCGAAGCCCACAAAUUGCGCAGCCUCCUUAAGAUGCCCACCCUGCUUACAACAGAGAACCUAGAAGAGGAGCUUGAACGCAAGAAGAAGACGGUGUCUUUUUAUGACGAUGUCACUGUCUAUCUGUUCGAUCAGGAAAGCCCAACUAAGGAGCUGGCUGAGCACGGUUUCCCUUUAGGAGCAGAAGGUCAGAGUUCACAGAGCAAAUCCCAACAAAGGGUUAAUGCCUCAGAUGAUUCUUCAGAUGGAAACAUCUCAGAGGAGAGUGCAGGGUAUGAGUGGGAGGACGACUUCUCCCUGCUCCCUCUACCAACAUCCUCAGCGGCAUCUGACUCCCUUUCCCCACGCUCCAUCCCUAAAGGUCCGGACCCCAAACCAGCUGUACAGUACUCCCGCUUCACUGUCUCCCCCUCCAACGUGUCCCGUUUCUCCAUCACUCACAUCUCGGACUCUGAUAUGGACUCAGCAGGAGGAAGCAGCGAGGAUGGGGACAAAGAGUAACAAGCUGUGGAUAAUUUCUGCCUGUCUGUGACAACAACUUGGCCUGCUAGCAUGACUUCUGAUUUAUUUUUUAACAUCAGGUUUUAGAAACACAAGACAGUGCCUCUUACCGCCCGUGGACACUUUUGUCUUACCACAAUGUAGGACUGACCUAAGCUGUUUAGAAUACUGAAGAGUACGAUUAAUAUAUAACAUUUACAGAAUAUUAAUAUAUACUGUAUGAUUGAUGUAAAAAUAUGAAAGCAGAGGAAACUCCUAUGUUGAAUUCUGCAUAUUUUUUGGAUCAAAGAGACAAAAUGGAAGGACAGACAUCUGGAAAUCAUCAUUAUUUGCCAGCUCUUUCACUUCUUAAUUUAUGCUGGGAAGCAUUCGUGAGAGCGUGGAACCACCUGGACUUAUAGAACUGUCGCGGAGUAAAAAACGACAAAUGUUGGGCUUUUCAACAAAGGAUCAGCACUUUGAACAAGACUCUACAGCUCGACAGACUUUGUACUUUUUAGGAAACUGCUUUACUUGUCUUAAUGAUUAUCAACGAGAAUCCUUGAGGUAUCACAAGUAAUAUAAUGUUAAUAUUUGGGCUCAUUCAGAGACAAAGGACAUACUAGAUCGAAAGAAGGAAGCAAAGGGAAUUUUAAUAAUAGGUCAAGUCUGGUUAUCAAAUGUUUUUUUUCCCCCGCAGCUGAUUGAACCCAGACAACCUGAUAUUUUAUGACUUUUUUUCUCUUCUUGUUUUGUAUCAGGACCACCACUGUACUGUUUUACAUAAAUAUGUGGCUCAUUCUGUCUACCAAAUUGAAUCCCAGCACCACCAUCACAACCAACCCCUCUUUGUUGUAAAGAUCAGGCACAACUUUGUCACUAUAGAGACAGGAAGUAAAGGAAAUUAUUUAUCAAUGGACUGGUUUCAAGGAACUAGAAAAAAGUUUCUAUGAGGAUUUAUUGCUUAGAGACAGGCACACAUGGUCAGGAAAAUCCAUAUCCAUGUUACAGGUCUAAAACAAAUUGGCAGCAAGAGGAGACUUUCAGGAUUUGGACUACUACAUAAAGACACUAGUUCACUAAUAAUGACUUGGGCCAAUCGGGUGGGUGAUAUGGAUGAAAUCUUCAUUACAGCAUGUAAUAUCAUAUUGCGAUAAUGGUAUACAUCUUCAUAUAGUAUUUCUUUCUGAACUAAGAAACAGUUAAUGGAUAAAAUGUCUACUUUGAAGUUAAAUACCUGACAAAUCAACAUUCUUCAUCACAUUGAUGCAAAGAUCCAGUAAAUCCAAUAUUGCCAGAAAGCAACAACGCUCAAUAAUUUGCAACAGCAUGGCCGAGUAUAACCAGAGAUAUUAAUCAAUCAUCAUCUUAUUGCCCAACCUUACAGGCCAAUAUAUCAAAAUACAAACCUGCACAAUAACUGUAAAUUCUAUUUUUGUCCGACCAAACGUGUGCUUUUACAUAUGUAAAUCAGCUGAGAAAUGCAUGUAUAAACAUGCAUUUCUCAGCUUCUGCCCGUUUCUACCAUGUUAUCUGUUAUAAGAAAUGAGAACAGCUGCCAGACUUUACUUGCUGUACAUUGGCUACACUGAUCUUGUUUGGACCAGUUUUGAAAAUGAUUCUGGUAUUUGAAGCUGAACUGUUGAAGCUCUUCAGAUUUGAAAGAAAUAAGCAGUUCAAACUCAUUAUAAUUUGGGUUAGUCACAUGUAAAACAGGAGAUUCGAACAGUAACAGAAUGAGAUUUUAUAGUAUUUAUAAACUGAGACUUGUCGAGCCAUGUUACUUUUAAAUGGGACAGAUCAGUUUAGUGUUAAGUCUUGAUCAGCUGGAUGAAAGGCGAUAGAGGGCUGAUGUCAUGAUCAGGUAAUUUUCCAAUGCUUUGCUGUCUGUGUGCGUAAUUGUAAGGAAAUGAAUGUGUGGUUGAGUUGUUGGUUUGGCUGCUGUUUCAAAGCUGUCGGCUCUGGAGCCUCAAAGAAGCGGGAUGCCAACUUUCAAAAACACCCUAUGAUCAUGUACAUGUAGUGUCUAAUUGUUCGUUUGCCUUCCAAGGCUUCAAUAUUCUGUAACAGUUUAGCAUAGAAACAUCUAGACAGCUGUCUGUAAUAUUUUUGUAUCUUGACAAAAAUACUUUUAAGUAUUGAUGUACUGUACCUGUGAAGGAGGGAAGGUUAAACAAACAUGUCUCUUAUAUUUAUGGUUGCCAAAGAGAUGUUGUGUUGUGAUCCAGGGGCAACAGUUGGUGGUGUUUUUACCCCAGACUAGAGACAGAGAGGAGGGUCAUUACAGCCGCUUUGGCCUGGUCAUAAAAAAAAACAUGCAGGUGAAGUUUUGGUUUGGGAUACUAUCAGUAACAUGGGCCCCCCCCACGCUGACCUGGUCACAUCAUUACUUUCUGUACCUUCUAUCAAAUAUAAAUAAAGUCUGUUUUACACAUCUUAA